UCCAGUGCCUAACAACGGCCGCGUAUGCCCUCUCCGUCGCCAAUUAAGUCCUCACGGCCUCGAUUGAUGCACCUCUUGAGGAUGGAGAAGGACAAGUACAAGGAUGAGGCUUGCCGCAGGCCAGGUCACUGGGUUCUAGGACUCGUAGAGAGUUCUCAACAAGAGUGGGUGGCUAUGCUUGGACUACUCGCCGCAGUCCUUACCCAAUUCAUCCAGGACAAGGGUGCGCAGCUUGAGGCAGACUCUCUCCGCGUGCAUCUACUCACUUACGCGUAA